AUGUUCCUUGCGUUGAUGACGGCGUGGGUGCCAUCUUUUGCUCCUGCGGGGAUCACGAACCCUUUCUCGUCCACCACGCCAUCGCCGCCCACAGCCAAUCGCCCCGCCAACGGUUCUAUCUUCAACGCCAUCGAUGGAGUUCCGAAUGGUCCCGAGUACGGCACCAUGCUGCACAACUUGUCCCUGGGACCCCUCCCGUGCUCCGCGGCGUGGCCCUACCUGCACCGCAGGGACAUGGGCGUCUGCAAGCAGUUGUGGCCCCCCGGCGCGCCCUUGCCGCAAGUGCGCUGCGAUGCGGUGGGCGGGUACCGGCAGAUCGCCGACACCUUCACCACGCUCAUCCACGGCAUGUGA